ACUGGACAUUUCCAUACAUUCAUACAUCGCAUGGGCUCGCGUUUUUGAAAGGACUCACAAAUUUUAAACCGCUUGCUCGGACAAAGCCCUUGUACAAGCCGCACGGUUCCAGCUAUUCACUCACGUAUCAAAGCGUACGCACUAAAUGGCGGAUUCUGGUGCCGCUUCUGGAGGUGAGCCCUCACCCCUGGAGACCCUGAGCCGGGCCGACGUGGGCGAGGCUGUCACCGCCGGCCUUUCCUCCCAGCCCGUCCGCACGUUGAUGCAAGCCCUGGCCGAGCUGGGCUGCCCCGUGGGGCGCUCCUUCUUCCACGUCAUGCGCUGCGACGCGGCGGUGGGCGGCGGCUUCGCGCCAGACCACGGCGUGAUCCUGUGCCACAACCGGCUGCACACGAGGCGCGAGGUGCUCAACGCCAUGGCGCACGAGCUCAUACACGCCUACGACCACUGCCGCUUCCGGGCCAGCGGCGGGCUGGGCCUGCCGCCGCCGCAGCAGCAGCAGCAGGGACUGCAGCAGCAACAGCAGCAACAGCAGCAACAGCCGAUAGGGGCGGCGGGCUCGGGUGUGGCUGCGGCGCCGGCCGUGGCCGCGGCACUUGGCGGCAGCACGGGCACCAGUACCAGCAGCACCACAGCAGGCGGCGCGUGUGGCGCCGGAGUUGAUGCGUGUCAAGACCGGAACUUUGCCUGGUCCAAAUGCCGGGACGGCCCAGGGCUAGGGUACACGGCCGCGUCUCGUGCGGUCGCCGCCAGCAGUGGAGCCGGCAGCAGCGGGAGCAGUACUCGUAGCAGUAGCAGUAGCAGUAGCAGCGGAACAAGCGGUUGCUUCAGUAUUGAAGGCGGGCUGGACUGGACCAACUGCCGCAACCAUGCCUGCACCGAGAUCCGCGCCGCCAACCUGAGCGGCGACUGCAGCCUGUGGCAGGAGCUGCUGCGCGGCAACCUGCCGCUGCUGCCCACCCAGUGGGGGCCGCAGCAGGCGGCGUGCGUGGCGCGGCGCGCGGCGCUCAGCGUGGCCCUCAACCCGGGCGGCUGCGGCGGGCGCGAGGGCGCGGCGGCGGUGGUGGCAGAGGUGAUGCAUACGUGCCUGGCUGACACGGCGCCCUUUGAGCCGGGGGAGGGGGUGGCACGGCCGUGAAGGCGGCGCGGAGCGGUGCGGUGCGGCUUCAGGAGCUGGACCACCGGGAUGAAUCCGCUGGCGGCGCUACCUUGUGUUGCGCCCACCCGAGCUAUGGGGCCCGGACUGCGUGUGUGGAGCCGGCGCAUGUGGUGGCAGGUUGGGCUGGUCCAGCGGCGGCGCCCCGAUGCCGCCGCCAUCACUCGCACCGCAGCGGUCUCGGACCUCGAGAGGGGGUAGUCCAGGGGUGCCCAGCAGCAUCUGCAGCAGGGUGGCGGCAGGGCGACAGGGCUGAACGCCACGUGCGCCGGGCAGUUACGACUGGCAGCUGGUGGCCGCCGGUGGCCAGUUGAGCCGUGGGGCGUGUGUCGCCGCUGGGGCGCGUGCAGCAGGUGGGGCACCGCCAUCGCCACCGGCGCUUGUUGAGCGCAGUGUAGGAAUCAAACCCAGAUGCCAAAUUCGCAAAAGCCUGGGACAACUUGAUGCGCGCACAGGCAGUUACAGCCCGCUCGGCCCCACUGCGCGCCGGCUUCCUGCGGACAUGCACUGACAUGCAAGUCUCGCAACUCAGCACACGGCACAGGCGCUGGCAGCUUGGGCUCAAGGCGCGGGUCUCCACGGGUCAGCGUGUCAAUACACACGGGCGGACAGAUGGACUCUGGCGGCCUGCUUUCGCUUGCUGAUUUGUUUUUAUCAAACAGCCUGAAAUUAUUGUAACAUACGCACCCU